GUUAUCUAGUUGUACCUAUAGUAACUUUGGACUAAUAACACUUCGGUUUAUGUUUAAUAUUAUUAUAUGUACGGUAUUUAAUAUGUUUUCUAUAUUCAGUUUGUAAAUUAAAGUGUUAUGGUGAUUACUUGGUAUCGUCGAUAAAUGUUUAAUUAAGAUUAAAUUGAGGUAAAUCAAAGUCAGCAAAUUACUAACUGUUAAAUAAAGGCCUGUGAAUACUGUCAGAUGUUUUGAUCGUCAAGGUGCGGAUUGCUGACAUUCAGUAAUAUACAAUCAACGAAUCACAUAUAUAAAUAUAAAUGAUGGAUACCUUUGAUGUGUCGGACCGAAACAGUUGGUAUUUCGGCCCGAUGUCUCGCCAGGAUGCAACCGAAGUGCUAAUGAAUGAACGCGAGCGAGGUGUUUUUCUAGUACGUGAUAGUAAUUCCAUCGCAGGUGAUUAUGUGUUGUGUGUAAGAGAGGACACCAAAGUUAGCAACUACAUUAUAAAUAAGAUACAACAACAGGAUCAAGUUUAUUAUCGAAUAGGGGAUCAGUUAUUCGAAAAUUUACAAAAAUUGUUAACUUUUUAUACAUUGCACUAUCUGGACACCACACCACUUCGACGCCCUGCACCAAAGAAGCCUGAAAAAGUUAUUGGCAGAUACGACUUUGAGGGUAGUGACCAAGACGAUCUCCCAUUCAGACGUGGUGAAAUCCUGACCGUAAUUCGUAAAGACGAGGAUCAGUGGUGGACGGCCAGAAAUCAGCAAGGACAAAUCGGUCAAAUUCCUGUACCUUAUGUGCAAAGAUGUGAGGAAAAUACAGAUGAUAAUUGUAUUGAUCGGCCGUUGUCGAGUGGCAGCAAUUGUGGCACAACUUUAGGACCUAGCAACAAUUUCCGUUCCCCGCUUCUAUCGAAUGUAAUUUGCAAAAAUGAUGCCACGGUGAAUUCGAGCUCCUUAAAUUGCCAUCAGUUAAGCAGUUCGUUGAAGAGAUCCGAUUUAAAUCGAAAACUACCAGCAUUUGCGCGCGUUAAGCAAGCUCGUGUACCCAACGCUUACGACAAAACUGCACUAAAACUUGAGAUUGGCGAUGUAAUCAAGGUAACCAAAACUAACAUAAAUGGCCAGUGGGAGGGGGAGCUCAACGGGAAAAAGGGUCAUUUUCCAUUCACACAUGUUGAAUUUAUCGAAGAUUGCGAGCCGGUACACAACGUUGAGGACGCAACGUUGAAGGUGCUUUCUGUACCAGGCGCAAAUAAUGAUUGGGGGGAGUAAGCGAUUUACGCAAUUUUCAUCUCAUGCAUGCCUUUUUUAAUAUUCCUUUGAUGAUUGGAUAUAAAUUAAUAAAACAAAAAAAUUAUGGGGGCUAAAAUUAUGUAAAAUUUCUGACACAUUAUAGUUUUAAAAUUGACAUUAAAAAAAUUUUGACUGAUAAUGUGAAAUAUAUUUGUAAUAAGGGUUCAUUAAAAUACAACAAAUAAAUAUGUGUAAGUAAAUAAUUAAUAAUAUAUAACAACAUGUUGCUGUACUGUGUAAUAUGCAGAGAUAUAUGUAUGUGAAAGUAGAAACGAUAGAUGAUUAAGAGCAGUGCAGAUAAACUGUAAACGAUUGAGAACAGUGACACAUAAGUUCAUAUUUUUAUAUAUACAUACCUUAACAUAAAUGUUUUAUAGUAGUAUGUUCAUUUUAUAAAAUAUAAAUAUAUUUUAGCAUA